AUGACCAAUGUUGGGGCCAUGUGGGCAAACAUCUUGACAGUGGCACAGCUUUUUACAGCAGCUCGCCCAGGGUCAUCCUACGUCGCCCAUUACUCACUCCCCUCUUUCCCCUUCCCCACCACGAGCACUUGGCCUCUUGAUUUCUACGCCACGUUCGAUCACCCUCAGGUUGAAGAUCCAUCCCUUGUGCUCGCUCGGCAAACCUGGGUAGCUGGACGAAUGGGGCUGUCAGUCUCGUUCGCGCGGGGGGACAAUAACGACAAACAGGAUGACCUGAAGGAAUAUGAUGCGGAAGAUGACGCUCCCAUGCCUGGACGAUACAAUAUAGCUGCCUCGCCCGCACCCCUCCCACAGGCCGAUAUUCCUGUCGCUUUUCCAGGUGCAGGUCCUGGAUCUCAACACGAGAUUUUCCCGGUGCCGCCGCAGUUCAGCCAAUUCAACCUCCAAGGUAGCAACGUCAGCGGCAAUCCGAUGUUCAUUGGGGGGAACAUGACGCAACAAGUCGUGAACAUCAUGCAGCCAGAAGCUGCAGACAAACGUGAGGAUUGCGGAUCCAUUGUGGAUAGUGGGCUAACAUGCGACCAUAGAGCUGGAGAGUACCUUGGAGUGGCUUGCGCCAAACGUCAACUUUCGUUCCAUCUACAUCGAGAAUCUAGAGAAAUCGACGGAGGGUACAUUGUCCUGGUUUCUAAGAGGGAUCGAGUACUGCGAUUGGAAAGAAGGAGAAUUCAAAGUGCUUUGGGGAACAGGGAUUCUCACGUUGACGAUAAUAUGACCAGCUGGGGCUGGGAAGACUGUUCUUGCGUAUGUCACUCGUUCUUGCUUCUUAAAGUUUCAAUCCAAUUGAGAAAUGAUCUCAGAUCCCGAAUCAUCGAGGACCUGGAAAGCGUGCAGAAAGUAGCCGAAGCGGAUAUUUGUGUCGUCUAUGCAUACUGUCGCUAUACGGAGCCACUCACUGUCAAGGAUAUCCUUGAAGGAAUCGUCAGGCAAUGCCUCGAACGCCAUCCCGACAUUGCCCCACUUAUCCUUCCUGUCCUUCAGCGUCAUCGUCGGGAGAGAACCCGACCGUCUGUCACGGAGCUCGUAGAUCUCCUCCGCACCAUUGAGGAACAUUUCGACAUCGUUUUCUACGUCAUCGACGGCUUGGACGAGGCGCGUAUCACCACCCAGUUUGACCUAGUCAAAGUGAUUAACUCACUGGGGGGAAGCUUCGCCCUCACCUCCCGACCGCUCAAAACACUGGAGAACGACCUUCAUUCCGUUACCUUCUAUCAGGUCUGUGCGGACAGAGGGGACAUUCAGCGCCUCGUGAAAGAGAAGAUCCAGCAACACUCUCAUCUGCGGGGCCUUUUACAGAAACACCAGUGCGAAGGAAGAGUGGUUUCCCAGAUAGUGGAUAAGUCUGGGGGAAUGUUUAUUCACGCAGCAUUACAAGUCCAAGCGCUCGUUUUCUGUAAGAACCUCAAGGAUUUGGAAGACGCCCUGAACAAUCUGCCUGUCUCGCUCGAAGAUAUGUACCGCCAGACAGUCCAACGAAUCAGAGCGCAACUCCCAUCUCAAGCUGAACUUGGGAUAAGAGCCCUUCUUUGGGUAGCUUUCUCGCAUCAGCCUUUGCGUAUCGAAGACUUGUUGUAUGUAGUUGCGACCGACCCAGGAACGUUUCUAUUCCAUGAAGAGAGGAUGGUGGACAAAGCAACGCUCGUAUCUGCUUGUUGUGGCUUGAUCGAGUGGGACGACAAGCGUCGAGUUCGUUUUGUUCUCCAAGAAGCGCUUCCAGGGAUCCUGUUGGAAUUUUACCCCCAUCCCCACGCAAACAUCGUUCAGGUCUCAAUUCAGAGGCUUAUUUCCUUUGGCUUACCCCAAUCCCACGUCAAAAAACUCGAUGAGUUGCACGCCAUCCUCAAAGCCCCUCUUGUGGACUAUGCUUACCACCAGUGGCGCGCUCAUUUCCGCCAUUGCGAACAUAUUCCAGAGGUGUCAUGCGAGGUGCUCAAAUUUCUGAAACAGUGCACCUCUUUCCCUCUCUGCCCCGGUCGUGUCCUGUCAAUUGCUAAUGUCGAGGGACAUUUGCUCAGGGCCAACUCUCUGCACUUGGCUGCUGUCUACGAUUUCACCAACUUCGUUCCGAGGUUGGUAACCGCUUCCCCCGAUGGCCUGUACGACGUCAAUUCGGUCACCCCCGAUCCAUGGUCGCUCACCCCUCUGUCAAUCGCCUGCUGGCUCGGUCAUGCUACAAUUAUCCAAGAGCUCGUCGUCUACAGAUCCAUCGACCCCAACAUUGUUGCAAAGUACGGCACCGCAUUGAGGCACGCCGUUCAAAGGCAUAGCCAUCAUAGGGGAGACAUCCCAGACCCUUGCCCCAUCCUGACACGCCUUCUACAAGUCGAGAACACCGACGUCAACGCUACCGACCAAUGGGGGAAGACUGCCUUGAUCCAUGCAGUUACGAUCGGUUCUGUACCGCUUGUCGAGCAACUCCUUCGACAUCCCGACGUAGACGUGAAUGUAGGCGAUAACAAUGGCAAUACAGCGUUGAUUCAUGCGUCGGGUGAACGAGGUUCAGUUGGAUCAGCCCUCGUUCGUCUUUUGCUCCAAGUGGAUGGGAUACAGGUUAACGCCGCCAACCGACGAGGACAAACGGCUCUCAUUGCAGCCUGCGACUGGAGCCAUCACUCGACAGAUAUCGUCGAACAACUACUCAAACGUGGCGAUUUGGAUGUCAACGCUGCAAAUGCGGUGGGGGAUACAGCAUUGAUCUGCGCAGUGCGGGCACACGACGUACCCGUUGUGCGCCUUUUACUCCAAGUGGAUGGCAUACAAGUCAACGCAGCCAAUCGCGCAGGGCAGACGGCUCUGAUUGCCGCUUGGCAAUACGACUACCACGGCGUCGACUGUGUGGCAUCGCUUGUCCAGGAACUGCUCAAAUUCGGCGAUCUGGAUGUCAACGUCAGGGAUGGAUGGGGCAAUACUCCGUUGAUCCAUGCAGCUCGCAGAAAUAUCCCGGAUACUGUAAAUCGAUUGCUCCAAUCGGUCGGUAUACAGGUCAACGUUGCCAACGGGGAUGGACACACUGCUCUGAUGGUCGCCUCUCGCAUCGGUCAUGGAACGAUCGUGAAGCAAUUGCUCCAAUUCAACGGGAUCAAUGUGGUCGCGGUCGAUGGACGAGGAAAUACCGCGGCGUGUCUGGCAGCGGAAUAUGGACGCGGCGACGUGGUGGAACCGCUCUUCCAGGCUCAGGAAGCCGUUCUCAACAUGCCCAACGACCAGGGACAGACUCCACUUAUUUUGGCCUCGUCUUAUGGACAUGCAAACACAGUUCUGCGACUUAUCCAGUCGGGAAAGGUGGACCUGAACGCUGUUGAUCACUCAGGUUCUACGGCACUCGCUGUAGCGUUCGCCCACCACCACUGGCCCGUGGUCGUACACCUUCUUCAAGCCGAUAGGAUCCAUGUCAACACUGCGCACAAGUCCGGAUAUGAUGAGGACAGCGUCGAUCUCCUGCUGCGGUGCGAAAACAUCGAUGUCAACGUGAAGAACAUCCAUGGAGAAACCGCUCUUAUGUGGGCAUCAUACCAGGGCCACAGCAUCGUGGUCGAGCGUCUUCUUGGUUCCAAAGGGAUAGAGGUCAACAGCAGAGACGGGAGAGGUCGCAGCGCCAUGAUGCAUGCGGCACGGUGUGGUAAUGAGGAGGUUGUCAAACUGCUCCUUCAAUCGGGGAAGGUAGAUGUUGAUCUCAGAUGCAUGGACGGACGAAAUGCUACUUUAUAUGCUGUUGAACAUGGGCAUGAAAGGGUUUUGCGUAGAUUAGAAGACUAUGCGCGUGGUACUCGGUCGAAAAGGAGGCGUAUUGUUUGA